UAAUACAAACAAAUAUAUAUAAAAAAACAUUGGUCGAAAGUGGUAAAAUUAUUAAGCCAUUGUUACGUGUAUCUCCCGAAAUAAGUCUGCUUUGUAAACAGUGUCAAUACCGGAUUAAACUUAAUGACGUAAUUGAGCAUGCGCAAUGCCGUUUUAAAGUGUGCAAGUCAGUUAUAAGCUCUCCUGUUUGUGCUGUGUUUCAUUACCCUGUGAUGUAACAGACACUUUUUACUUCUUGUAAAUUAUGAAAAAUGGCAAACCUGGAAACCUAGGAGACCUUCCUCAUUAUUUUUCUUUAUCUUUUUAGAACAAACAGAACAGGUAUAGAUCAUUCUCAACCCCAAAGUUCUUUGGAAAAACCUCGAAGCUUUUAUCUCAAAGAGCUUUGGGGACGAGAAUGGAUAUAGAUGCAUCUUUGGGAGAGGAAUUUUCUCACCGGAAUUUUAAUUCACGAGUUACCGUAUUUGAAACUCAUGAACUUUCAAAUAAUUAUAAUGUAAGAAUGUCAGCAGCUUUAAAGGAAGACUGUUUAUCAAUGUGUAUUCUUCAUUUCUUGUAUGUGUGAAUUUUACAGAAUAUAUCGAAAAUUAACUUUGUACCCCUUCCCCCUGCACAAGUGCAACGAUUAUAAACAAACCUGUUUUUUAAUAAUACUAUAUUUAUUUUACUCUAGAGCUUUCCACUAAAAACGCCGACACCCAAAAUGGCAAUUAUUUUGUACCGAAAUUGCAACGUCUGGACCAAUGUUAAAAAUAUAGCGGUUUUGCCCUCAACGCUUUAAGGUCCUGGGUUAAAGUAAUUUGAUUCAACGCAAAAUUCAUCACUUAUUGAUCAGUUUGGCUCGUGCUCAAGCCCACGUCUUUAAGUUUAAUACUUGUCUAUGCGAAUAAAUAUGGUGUUUAGUCAGGUGUAACAAAACAAACUUGCAUCAAACUUUUAUUUUACUUUCAAAUCUUUUAUAUCUGCUAUUCCAGCUUAUUCUUAUUUCAACCUAAAUUUCCUCUUUAGACUUUUAAGAUGGUUUGCAAUGGAGAUGAAUUCGACAAUUAUGAUUUUGAUAUACUUGAUAUCAUAAAUGAAAUGGAAUGCGACAUAUUUUCUGCUGAUACAAUUGUGCCUGGAGUGGAACCAACAGCAGACAUUUCUAAUUUUUUGAUUGACGAUGUCAGCCCUAUUGUAGAUACUAUCAAUACGGCAAGUGAAUACAUAGACUUCUCUUCCCAAUGCUUUUAUUUAACGUCCAGCAGUGAUACAUCAGAACUUUGCAACUUUAACGAAUUUUUUGCGGAUGGAGAUCUAAGCCAAAAUUUUUGUGAAGUCAUUCAAAAGGAAAACACAACGAAUUCGAAUAAAUGCAAAAUUUCAACAACAAAGCAACUCUUUCAAAACAUCCCAGCAUGCUCUCGAACAUCUGACCGACCCUUUAUACUUCGUGGAACAGGUUACGAGCGAUAUUGUAAAAAUCUGUCUUCGCAAAGACUUGGUGUAAAUAAAGAAAACGUGAAAGACACAGUCAAAGGCGAAAUUACAGAGAGUGUAUUGGUCAGAGACACUUCUACGACAUGCUACAGAAAUAAUCAAGACAAUACGACUGAAUGUCGACGCAAAAGCAAGCAUAAGAAGAUAAGAAAAAAACCUUUUCCAGGCAAAGUGGCAACCCUGCAACACCAAGCAUAGGCCGCUACACUGCAAACUGCACGUGAACUGCAACUCAAAUUUUAUAUUUAGCAAAUCGUUGUUACCAUUUGUGGGAUUUUUUAAACGAUCUUUUGAUUGGUCGAAUAUAUCCGCAAAGUUCAUGCGCUGAAUGGGUGGACGAACAGGAGAAAGAAUUUCGAAUUAUAGACACCAAAGAGAUGGCAAAACUAUG